AUUAUGCGGAGUCGAACGUAUAUUAUUAUUAUUAUUCAUCAAUAGAAAGAAUAUGGAAAAAAAAUCAUAUCCAAUAUAUAAUUGUAAAUUAUAUUUGGGUGAAAUAUCAUUUAUUUUACUGCAAUUAUUUGGAAUUUUUAAACCACUCACAUGGAAUACAAAAUGGAAAACUUUAAUUUAUUAUUUAUAUUCAAUUUUUAUGAUAACAAUUUAUUUUUAUUUUGACAUUUCAAUAUUAUUAUUUCUUUUAUUAAAAGCACAAAAUAUUGACAAUGAAAUGGAAUCGUUGUAUCAUUUUCUUGCAUUUUUCACUGUUUUUUUUAAAAUGAUUACAAUUUUUCUACAUAGUAAAAUUGCUAUUGAAUUGGUGAAUUUAUUUAAAAAUAAAUUAUGCCAACCAAGAGACGAUGUGGAAUUGAAAAUUUUGCAAAAUACUUCAUAUUCUUGUAGAUUCUAUACAAUUCUCUAUUUGUUUAUAACGAAUUCAACAUCAAUUUCACUAUUUUUGAUUCCACCUUCCAAAAGAAGUGAUUUUCCAUUGCCAUUUAAAAUGUGGAUUCCCUAUAGUCUUAAUUCAAGACUUUUAUAUUUCUUAACUUAUAUACAUCAAGGUCUUGGUACAACAAUGGGAGCAUGUGUAACAUCAGCUAUUGAGGGUAUUGCAUUAAUGACAAUAUUGCAAAUUUGUGCACAAUAUGAAAUUUUUAUCUAUCGAUUAAAUUUAUUAUCACAAUUGUCAACAAAAAAAAAUUAUAAUGAAUCUUUUAUUUAUAAUUGCGAAACAAAAAUUAUCAAAGACUGCGUUGAACUUCAUUGUCAUAUUUUCACAAUUGGAAAAAAAUUAAAUAAUUUAUUUGAUUCGGCAAUUUUUGUUCAAUUUUUUGUUUCAAUGCUUGGUUUGGGAGCAAUUACAUUUCAAUUAUCAAGAUUAACUGUGACUGAUCCAAGACUUUGGGGUUUAAUGUGUGCAUUAUCAGUUACAUUAGUGCAAAUAUUUCUCUAUUGCAUUUUUGGUGAGCAAAUCAAAACAAAGAGUUUCGCAACGAUUAAUGAAAUUUAUGAAAUGAACUGGUCAACAAUAACAAAUAAAACAAAAAGAAAUUUGAUGCUAAUUAUGAUUCGAGCUGCAAAACCAUUAAAUUUUAUGGGUUUUAAAUUAAUUAUAAUGUCAAUAGGAACAUUUGUACAAAUUGUAAAAUCAGCAUAUUCUGCCUACAAUUUAUUAAAAGGGUUUUAA